AUGCUGAACCAUCCUCCUCCUCACACACUCCAGUGGCUCUCGCUGUGCACCCUGCUGUCGGCGUGUUGCCUGAACAAGGUCGCCUGUUCUCCUGGGGAGGGCAGGGAAAUUUGGCAGCAGCCCAAGCCAGACCCCAUCAAAGCCCAGUCUUUCCUUCAUGAUACCUUCCCCUCAGGAUUCCUCUGGGGCUCAGGGACGUCUGCCUUCCAGACAGAAGGAGCCUGGGACCAGGAGGGGAAGGGAGCCUCCAUUUGGGACCAUUUCACCCACUCCUCUGUCAGUGGUGAUUUGGCAACCGAGGCUCCUGGAGAGGCCAGUGAUGGCUACGCUCACUGGGAAGAAGAUGUCAAGGCUCUGGAGUUGCUGGGUGUGAGAUCAUACUCCUUCUCUCUCUCGUGGCCCAGGUUGUUUCCUGAUGGGAACGCCAGGAGCCAGUCCAACAGGGCUGCUGUGGAGCAUUACAGACACCUCAUAGAGAGGCUACUGGAGAAGAAAAUCGAGCCCAUUGUCACCCUGCAUCACUGGGACCUGCCACAGGCCCUGCAGGAGCAAUAUGGAGGCUGGAAGAAUGACACACUGGUGGGACUGUUCGAGGAGUAUGCUGCCUUUUGUUUCCACACAUUUGGGGGUCGUGUUAAAUACUGGCUCACAAUGCAUAACCCGUACCUGGUGGCUGUGCAGGGGUACGGGACAGGUUUGCACGCCCCUGGAGAGACAGGGGGUCCCUCUGCUUCUCUUAUCGUAGCCCACAACCUGAUCAGGGCACAUGCCAAAGCAUGGCACACCUACAACACCCACUUUCGCCCAACUCAAGGGGGUAAAGUAUCCAUUGUUCUGGGAUCCCACUGGAUCGAGCCUCAGAACGGCCAGGCCACAGCCGCCAACGUUGAGCUGUGCCAGGAGUCAAUAGAGGCUGUGCUCGGCUGGUUCUCCAACCCCAUCUUUGGAGACGGGGACUAUCCGGUGUCUCUCAGAUCCAAGCAUGGGGCCCUCCUGCCCACGUUCACCCCUGAGGAGAAGCUCUGGGUGCAGAAAACUGCCGACUUUUUCGCUCUCUCCUUCGGGCCUUACAACCUCCGUCUGGGUCGGACCCUGAUCCAAUAUGGGCAGACUGUGUCCCCAGACCUGAGGCGCAUGUUGAGCUGGAUAAAGCUGGAGUAUGGGGACCCUAGUGUGCUGGUGGCUGAGGGAGGCUGGUUCUCUGAAGCAGGGGUGGGAAGGGAGGACACAGUGUCCAUUUAUCUGAUGAAGAGUUUUAUCAACCAGGUCCUGCAAGCGAUAAAGUUCGAUGGUGUGCAGGUGUUUGGUUACGUCGCCUGGUCAUUGGUGGAUGGAUUUGAGUGGAAUUAUGGCUACACUGUCAGAAGAGGCCUUUUCUACAUUGACUUCAGCCAAUCAAACCCAACCAGGACCCCCAAGACGUCUGCUCUGUACUACCGACGUGUAGUCGCUGACAACGGCUUCCUCAAAGGCGAAACCUCCAGUGAGGUCAAGGGUAGUUUCCCCUGUGACUUUCACUGGGGUAUUGCUGACUCCACUUUACAGGUCCACUUCAGCCCUUUCUCACCACAGUUUACUGACCCACAUCUGUACAGCUGGAACCUGACGGGAGACGGAUCACUGCGUCCCGUCCCAGGGGUGAAGCUCCGCACUAGACCGGCCCAGUGCACUGACUAUUUGGCGAUUCGUGGUCACCUUCGCUUGUUUGCAUCCACUGGGGCAACACACUACCGUUUCGCCCUAAACUGGUCUCUGAUUUUACCCCAUGGUGACCUCUCUGAAGUGAACUCCCAGGCUUUAAGGUACUACCGCUGUGUCCUGACCGAGCUCAAGAAGCUAAACCUGGAGGCAGUCGCGAUCCUCUACUACCCCACACACAGAGCCCCAAAUCUGGGUUUGCCUUUUCCAAUCCAUGCCUCUGGGGGUUGGCUCAACCACAGCACAGUAGAAGCUUUUCAGGAAUAUGCAGCUCUGUGUUACGAGCAGCUGGGGUCCUGGGUAGGAUACUGGAUCACCAUCAAUGAGCCUAACAGACUUGUAGAUGUUUAUUCUGAUGGGAAAGAAAAGCAUCAAGCAGCUCACAAUCUUCUUCUGGCUCAUGCAAAAGCGUGGAGGUUGUAUGAAAAGGGACAAUACAGAGAGCAGAGGGGAAUGGUAUCACUCGCACUACAUGCGGACUGGGCUGAGCCGGCCAACCCCUUCCUUGACUCUCAUACGGCAGCGGCACAGAGAUUCCUCUUGUUUGAACUCGGUCGCUUUUUAGACCCGUUACUGGGAACAAGAUAUGAGGAGAAGCAAAGCAAGGGGGGGUACCCACAAGAAAUGAAGGCAUACCUGGAGGAGAGAGUUCGAGUGAUGGGCCUCCCUGAAUCUCCUCUACCUAGUUUUACUGACACGGAGAAGGAGGAGCUGAAAGGGGCUUUGAAUUUCAUAGCACUGAACCAUUUUACCACCCGGUUGGUGUCUCCAUAUCCUCACGCACAGGCUGGUUCUCAGCAGAGGAAACAACCCCCUGAUCACGACUGUCUGACCCUCUCUGAUCCCACCUGGCCUUCCUCCAGUCUGGGACAGGCUCUCGUACCCUGGGGCCUGAGGAGUAUACUGAACUGGGUGAGCCACAGAUAUGGAGGCGCUCUACCCAUCAUUGUGACAGCCAGUGGGGUCGAUGAUCAGGCUCCCUUAGAGGACAAACUCAGGCAACACUACCUCAGGAGUUACCUGCAAGAGGCUCUGAAAGCUCGACAGUUAGAUGGGGUAAACUUGCAGGGCUUCUACAUGUGGAAACUGCAAGAUCGACACGUCGCACAGUUCGGCCUUUUCACUUCGACCCAUCACCAGUCCAAAGCCAAGGCCUCUGUCGCCGUCUACAGAGAAAUCAUCACACACAGCGGUUUCCCCGAGGACGACACUGCUCUGACCUGCAGGUUCAGCGAGCUGCACGAACGGUGCUCUGUGUGUGCAUGGAUGCUCAAGAACAAAACCAUGUUGGUUUUCGGAGGCUGCCUCCUGACAACAGCUGUGAUGUUGGCAGCGCUCGUCAUCUCUGCCAUCGUCGCCAAGAGAAACCAAGCGAGGGGUGAACGGAGGAGGACGGACAGGAUGCACAGGAGGAGGAGGAGAGGGGAAAGAGUUCUUGUAUUCUCAUGUCCGCCUGUCGUUAAGUGCAAACGGUAG